AUGAUUUCACUUGAGUCAUUGGAUCUCAGUUACAACCAUUUCACAGGUGAAAUUCCAGUGACAUUGACACACUUGAAUUUUCUCGCGUAUCUCAACUUGUCUUAUAACAAUUUGAGCGGACAGAUUCCAACCAAUCCACAGUUUGACACUUUGUAUCAAGAUGGAACAGCAUAUGUCGGGAACAAAAACUUGUGUGGUACUCCUGAUGGGAUGAACUGCAGCAACAACUACAGACCCUCUACCAAUGAAGCAACAGAGAACAGAUACGAUCAAGAAAAUGUCCUUUUUGUUCUAGUUAUAUUCUCGGGCUUUGUAACAGGAAUAUCUGGUGUAUUUCUGCUGUUAUAUUUGACAGAUGACAACUGGAGGAGCAGGCAUUGGAGGGCGGUAGACAAAAUUGUGUCAAAAAUAGUGAACUGUAAGCUAUGA